GUAAAGGUCACACUAUAAAAAAGUCGCCGCUUUUUCUGCAAUUGUUUUUAUAUUUGCUGACUGAAAACUACCAUUAAAUCAUGGCCAAACAUCAUCCGGAUUUGAUUUUCUGCCGCAAGCAGCCCGGCGUGGCCAUUGGACGCCUGUGUGAAAAGGACGAUGGAAAGUGUGUGAUCUGCGACUCCUACGUGCGUCCCUGCACCCUGGUGCGGAUCUGCGACGAGUGCAACUACGGAUCCUACCAGGGCAGGUGCGUAAUCUGCGGCGGUCCCGGAGUGUCGGAUGCCUACUACUGCAAGUCCUGCACCAUUCAGGAAAAGGACCGCGACGGAUGCCCCAAGAUUGUGAAUCUGGGCAGCUCCAAGACUGACCUGUUCUACGAACGCAAGAAAUAUGGCUUCAAACAGAACUAUUGAUCUGCUCUCCGCUACCUCAUACAUUUCUAAUAAAUUUUUAUUGUAGUUUAAUACAUGAACAAAAGGUUUU